AUGAUCAACCACCAUCCUGCACUUUCCGAGUCCCCUGCUGGCGCAUUCUCGAUUUGGGAUGCGGCCCACAUGUUUAAAUAUGCCACCUCCAGAUUCGCUGCUAUCCAUCUUGCCCAGAUGGCAGAGCAGAACCCAUCAGUAGCUUAUAAGUACUCAUUUGUUCAACACCUUGUGUGGGAGGCGGAAGUAUUGCAGCGGUUUGUGAUCCCGUUUGUCAGCAUGUGUGCGGCAAAGAAUAUCAAUACAAGCAUGCCGACAUAUCUCGGAAAGGUUCUCCUUCUUGUUACCGCCUAUCAGACGGAAGGACGUGACCGCAUCGAUCUUUUUGCAGACUUCUGGGACUGUCAGCAUGACGAUGUUGGCGAUUUGGCAUUUGGCCAUCGAGUUGUUCCAUGCUACCGGCACAAUUGGUGGAAUAACUCAUUCUAUUAUUCUCCUAUGCAAAUGCCUCUCUGGUUCUCGGUGGCCGAGGUUAAAAAUCUAACGGCUGACCACUUCAAACAGCGGCCUGCCUUGGGGUUAAUGAUACCCGAACCGAUCAUCCACCCGCACAGUGAGGACCCGCUGCUUCAACAACUCCAAGUGCUCCGGACCGAAGUCGCCCAUCUCGGUCUCGAUCUCGGCCACCUCCUUGUCAAUAAGCUUGAGGCCACUGAAGCAGCGGUGGAUGCAAUGAACCAGCUGGAGCAACCGGUAGACGAGGUCUGUGAUGCAAUGGCUGCUUCCCGUGUGGUAGUGGCAGUGUUGGAGAAGGACUACAAUAAUGGUCGGAUAGGAACAUCCCCUCGUGGAGAUCCAUUCCCUGAGUUACAUCCAUUUGUCCGCUGA